AUGUGGAAUAACAACCAGAGCUCACGAAAUGAUUUCAUUUUACUUGGGUUCUCUGACCGUCCUUGGCUUGAGACACCACUCUUUGUAAUCUUUCUGUUGACUUACCUCUUAGCCCUCUUUGGAAAUAUUUCCAUUAUCUUAGUUUCUCACCUGGAUGCUCAGCUUGACAGUCCCAUGUACUUUUUUGUCUCAAAUCUAUCCCUUCUGGAUCUCUGUCUCACCACCAGCACUGUCCCUCAAAUGCUUGUCAAUCUCAGGGGGCCAAAAAAGACCAUAAGUUAUGGUGGUUGCAUUGCACAACUCUACAUUGCCUUGGCCGUGGGUUCCACUGAAUGUAUACUUUUAGGUAUUAUGGCUUUUGAUCGUUAUGCUGCUAUUUGCAAGCCCCUUCACUACCCAAUCAUCAUGAACCAGAAACGCUGUGUCCACAUGGCAACUGGAACCUGGAUUAGUGGUUUUGCUAACUCCCUUGUCCAGUCCACUUUCACAGUACUGACUCCAAGAUGUGGACGGAGGGUGAUGGAUCAUUUCUUCUGUGAAGUUCCUGCUCUUUUGAAACUAGCCUGUAUAGAUACUCGUGUGAAUGAGGCUGAACUGAAUGUACUAGGGGCCUUGUUGCUCUUGGUUCCUCUCACUCUCAUAGUGGGAACUUACAUGUUCAUUGCUCAAGCAGUAAUGAAAAUAAGCUCUUCAGAAAGUCGCUGGAAAGCCUUUAACACAUGUGCUUCACAUAUAUUGGUGGUCUCCCUCUUCUACAUUACAGCCAUCAGUAUGUAUGUCCAGCCUCCCUCUAGUUAUUCUCGUGGGAGAGGGAAGAUCAUGGCUAUCUUCUAUGCAAUUGUCACACCUAGCCUCAAUCCAUUUAUCUAUACUCUGAGGAACAAAGAUGUGAAAGCUGCCCUUCGAAGAGCACUGACCAUGGAGUUUUGGGUUAAGACAAGAUGA